CCCCCUCCUCAGAAAACAAACAUCUUCCUCCAGCUGUUAUCGCAGUGAUGAGCAGUAACGAGUGUUUUGGGUGUGGUCGCAGUGGCCACUGGGUAAAGAACUGUCCAAGCGCCGGCCGGGGGCGGGGCAAAGGUCGCAGCCGAGGCAAAGAACUCUCCUGUUAUCGCUGUGGUGAGCUGGGACAUGUUGCCAGAGACUGUGAGAGGACGGAGGAUGCCUGUUACAACUGUGGCAGAGGAGGUCACAUCUCCAGAGACUGCAGAGAGCCCAAGAAGGAGCGCGAGCAGCUGUGCUACAACUGUGGACAGGCUGGUCACAUGGCACGGGACUGUAACCACGCCCACGAGCAAAAAUGCUACUCCUGUGGUGGCUUUGGACACAUCCAGAAAGGCUGUGAGAAAGUCAAAUGCUACAGGUGUGGUGAGAUCGGCCACGUUGCGGUGCAGUGCAGUAAGACGGUGAACUGCUAUAACUGUGGCAAAUCUGGUCACCUGGCGAAGGAGUGCACCAUUGAAGCUACUGCCUAGAUGCCCCGCCCCCAACGCCCUACUCAUCUCUUCUUUUGAUCUUUUCUUCAUCCCCUCUGAUCCUCCUCUUGUCAUUGGUCCAGAGGCCUGUCCGUCAGCCUCGCAGCAACCAGUCAGAACCAGAGGAGGAGGAAGGGGCGGGGCAGACACUCUGCAUUUUUACAGGAACAAAGAGAAUGUGUGUGUUUAGUUUGGUCGCUGUGUCAUCACCUGCAAAAAAAAAUACUUCCUGCUCAGCCCAUUGGCUGAGAGAGUCAAGUGGCAUAAAACGGUAAACCCCUCCCCUUUGUCACAAACUGGGCAGGACUAUAAUGAAAAUGGAAGGUAUUUUUGUUAGGUGGUGUGAAUAUGAUUGAUCCAACCCACAAACAAACAACCAGUCACAUCACAGGAUGAAGGAGCCAAUCAGAGCCGCAGCAUUUAGUUUUCAUGGACCAGAAAGAGGAGAAACUAACAAAAAUACAUUUUUAAAAAAUUGAAACACAUGUUAAAAAAAACAAAAACAUGUUUGAGUUUGAGUGAAGGAGAAUGUUUUCACACAAAAAAAUCCAAAUGUUAUUUUUGUACAAUAAAUCACUGAGAGUGACUGUCAACUGUACAUUUAACCUGACAAUAAACACCUGGAGGAGGAGGAGCCAAGACACUCA